UUGAACCGCGUGUGCGUAAGCGGUACUCAGACCAACAUGGCGGCGCCCAUGAGGUUUGGCACAGCUACAGUGAUGCAGUCCGCUGUCACCAGGGGGCUCUUGAGAUCACGACUGUUCUCAGCAUCAACAGCAGCCACACCUGUGAGUGACCCCGUCAAGCAAGGGUCAUCAGAAAAGGAGGCCCCAUUGAUCCUUGAGAAGGAUGAAUCAACGAUGCAGAGAAUUCUGCUGGAACCUCUGAAGCAUCCCGACUUCUUUGAGGUCAGCAAACUCUUCACCCAGAGGGACCUGUUCAAUGCUAACGUCCACGUCGGCCACAAGGAGGGAGUGUGGGACAGGAGCAUGUACCCGUACAUCUUCGGCGCGCGUCUCGGAGUUCACAUCAUCGACUUGGACCAGACUGUCGACCUCCUAACCCGUGCGCUGAACUUCACUGCGCACAUGGCCUACCGUAAGGCAAUCGUCCUGUUCAUCAGUCGCCACCGCCAGUUCACACAGCUCGUGGAGAACACGGCCAAGGACUGUGGGGAGUACGCUCACACGCGCUACUGGCAAGGGGGGAUGUUCACUAACGCUACCAUACAGUACGGGGAGGGGGUGAGGCUGCCGGAGUUAGUCAUCUUCCUCCACACGCUGAAUAACGUGUUUGAGCCACACGUGGCGAUAGGAGAUGCGGCGAAGAUGAACAUCCCCACUGUCGGGAUCGUGGACACCAACUGUAACCCAAACCUGAUCACGUACCCAGUACCGGGGAACGAUGACAGUCCUGAAGCCGUGGAACUCUACUGUAGGCUGUUCAAGGAAGCCAUCUUGAAAGGGAAGGCAAAGAGAGAGGAGGUUGAAAAGCAGAUAGCUAAGGAAAGAGAAGAAAAAACAAGAAAAGAAGGAGCAUGAUUUUGAUACAGAGGAUCUCAGAAUGACAUUUGUAGUGAGGCAGUCAAGUCAGAAAGUUUAGAGGAAUAGAGUUGUAUUCUAUUCCAAUUUACUGUGUCAUUUGUUGUCAGUUUUCUUUCUAACUUCCUGCAUACUUUUUCCUUGUUUAGACGCAUAUAAAUGAAACAGAUUAAAUUCCAACUACAGUGAAUACUCUCAUGUUUAAUAUACAUAUCACUAGCAGUUAAAACACACUGUACAGUGCAUAAUAUAUAGUAUAUAUACAUGUAUAAUAUUAUCACUUUAAUUCUUUUGCCCAUGCACAACUCUCAUAUUCUGAUAAAUACAUAUAAUCUAUCAUCCAUUUGUAUAUACUAUAUAUCAGAUAAUGUUACAAAGAAAAUAGAGUCACUGUCUUUAGGAUUCAUUUUGUCAGUACAAUUAAUUAAUACGGGUUAUUGAUUCAGAUAUUCCAUAUCGAAAGCUGUGUGAGUUACACUUUCUUCCAUUGUUACUGCUAUCAGGCUACCAACAAUAAGACAGUGCUAGCUCUGUGACUUACCUUACUCCACACACUGAGAUUUCUUAAGCCAUUUACUGAACCAAAUUUACUAACAUAACUAGCCAUUAGUCAACUGUUGCUGGUGUCUGAAAUUCCAGUACUGUUACUCCAUUUAUCCUCCUAUUUAUACUUGUGUUCAACUCCGACAUUUAUACUUGUGUUCAACUUCAACACCAAAAAACCUUUUCAUAGCUCUAACAUAUAUCUCUAACUACCAGUAUCAGUUACAGAUUAUGAUAUUUGAUAAAGAACAAGAAUGGAUAAUGUGUAUCAGGACUA